AUGUAUGCAUGCCGAACUCGAGGUGAUCUUAUAUCUCCUGAGGGGGCAGAGAAGCUGCCUUGGCCGUUGGAGUCCCCAUUCGAGGCGUCACUUCUCAAAUAUUUUCUCACGACCCUUUCCCCUUGGUUUGACUACUGUGAUCCACACCAGCACUUCCGCACUUAUAUUGGCAAUAACGCCGCAACUGAUAUCACACUCCUAUACGCUGCCCUGGCGGUUUCCGCUCGCCACCAAAGCACAUCCCUCAACUGGCAGAGUCAUGUCGCAGACGAGUACCAGAAGCGCUGCCUCCGAAGCCUUAUAGCGGCACUGAAUGACCAGGAGACGGCGCUGCCUGAUACGAUCCUGGCUUCGGCAGCGAUCCUCCGCUUCUUCGAAGAAAUGACCGGUAACUUCCCCCGUCCCCAGCCAGGUAUGGACUCCAUCCGUACUCACCAUAUGCUAUCCGCCCAACUUCUCCUCCGCAUCACCGAAGGCCAUGUUUUCCGCUCGAGCUUUACCGACGCUGUAUUCCUCGUCGUACUUCGGUCCGAGAUCUACGUAGCCAACCUCACGCAACGCCCAGUAGGCAACCUAGCCGACCACUGCAACAUCGACACCUCAUUGGAACCCACGUCCGAACGAAUGUGGGCUCUUCGAGCCAUCGCUCACGUCGCAAAAGUAACCAACCUCGCCUACGGCGAGGGUGCCGUCAAUCCGACCCCAAACCACCACUGGGAGUGCCUAAUGCGGUACAUCGAAGACUGGGAGCGUCUGUGUCCGGAAUCAUUCCGGCCGAUCUAUUCGCAGAAACAGAUCUCGCCCGACAAUCCGUUUCCACAGCUGUACUAUGCGAAUGAUUACCACGUUGCCGCGCGGCAGCAUAUUGAACUUGCGCGGGUGCUUUUGCUGGCCUCGUGUCCGCAGAGCUGUCUCUCGCGUAUUCAGCAGAGGAGGAUGGGCAGGAGUAAUGAUGAUCGGAUACGAGAUAGUGCUCGGAUUAUCUGUGGGGUGGCCAUGUCAAACCCGGAGUUUACACAGGCGCUGGUGGGUGCGGGUCUUGUGAUUGCGAUCUGUGGGGAGCUGUUUGAUGAUCCCGCUGAAACUACACUCCUGUUCCGGAUUCUCUCAGAGGCGGAGUCGCACCUUGGGUGGCCGUGUUUGAAGGCGAAGGAGUAUCUGAGGGGACUUUGGCGGGUUUAG